GAAAAUACUCACCACUCCCCGAAUCCGUUGAUCACAUCUCUCACCGUACCAGCAGGUCGGUAGCCCAGCAUAUCCUCGUAACAUAUCACGACGUCAAAACUCGGGAUAUUCUUUGCCUAAUGAUACAUCAGCGAGCGGUGACGGCGGGUUGGCAUAAAUACCAAAGCCCAUCCCGAAUUUUGCAAAUCCAAGAAUUUCAAAAACACCUUCCCCAUCUGCCUAAAGUCCUCUCCCAAGACCAAACCACCCAAAAUGCAACUCAAAGCCCUCCUCCUCCUCACCCUCGCCUCACUAGCAGUCUCAACCCCAACUCCAGUCGAAUCAGGGACCGAAACCUCCGCAGCACGAUGUGGAUAUCCAAACGGGAAUUGCUAUGAAAACGGUUGUGACGGGAAACCCUCUACUCUCAGGUGUUCCUCUGUAGGUUCAAUAACUCAAUGCUAUUUCUUGGCCGAUAUCUUCUAACGUGGAAUCUCAUAGGGGCCGUACGCAGGCUGCGAGUGUGGCUAUAACUGUGGAUCCAACGUAGGCUCAUGUUACGAAAAUGGGUGCGAAGGCGUUGAUGGACGUUGCACUGGGGCGUAUCUUGGGUGUAACUGUCGCUGAUUUUUGGAGGGGCUUGGGGUGACUUUUUUGAGAUGAUAUGUUACGAUGUGUUGGGAGCUGAGUGCUGUGGCUGGUUGUGUUUGGUUGGGUUGGGUCGAAACUUGGAGGGUAUUACACUCAUUCGUGAUAAUCAAUAUACGAG